AUGUCGUACUUCCUUCCCUCAUUCUUUCAGAAACGCCUCCUCAGAUAUGCCCUAUCUCGACUGGAGAUCGUCGAUACAGAUGCGUUGGACCUGGACAGUCUAGGUAUAACAUGGGGUCAGCGAAGUACUUUUGAGCUGAGGGAUGUUGGGCUACGGCUGGAGAAACUCGCUUCGACACUGCAGCUCCCGUCAGAGUUCGAGAUAACGAAAGCCUCCGUUUCGGUUGCGCGUGUGACGAUACCUGCGGAUAUAUAUGCUAGCAGUAUCAUCAUCGAGGGUGAAGGAAUCCAGCUCGAUCUAAAGCACAUUCCAAAUACAGCCGGAAGUAAAAAGAAAGUUAGGAAAGGAGAUAGCGGAGUCAAGGAGCCUAGUCAGGACGGCGACCAUACAGAGGACCACCAUGACAAGCUCCUACCGUCAACCACCGACCUUGCACAGUCGUUCCUGGAAUCUGAACCGGUUGAAGAAACCGCGGAACUUGAGGCAGCCCUGACAUCGCAGUCCUCUCAAUAUAUCCAGCAGUCGGAUAUUCUCAGCGAUGAUGGGUCCGAAGAAUCUGCUCUUGGAUUGCAUGAUGGUGUCACUUUGCCGGGCUUCGUUGCCGGGUUUAUAAAGGGAGUAGUAGACCGACUACAGCUAAAGAUCAAAGAUGUCUCCGUUAGAGUGGUCAUGGAAGUACCGCAAGAUACUUUCCAGAAACCCUCGUCUUCUGUAAAGAUGAAGCCAAUAACUGCCUUAUUAAGACUCGGUGAGGUUUCUAUUGAUGGUGUUGCACCUCCAGAAUCACAAGAUUCAACACUGAAGGCAGGAAAGCGUCUGAUAACCUUUUCUCAGCUCCAUGCUUUGUUGGUUUCUGACGAGUCUCUAUUCUCAAAUUACUCGCACUUUGCUCCUCCAGGCAUGACGUCUCCUAUGUCCAGAGCAAGUCUGACAAAACAGGAAUCUGUGAGAAGCCAGUCGUCGCGGGCAUCAAGUUUGGGAUAUGCCAACCCUCUGGCGCAGUCUACCAUUAUGGAGAGAUCUUCUAUCGUUGACCAGCGGCUCGAGCAAUCAGAACAUCUACAGGAAUCGCAAAUUCUACAAAAAUCCGUCUUAUCUUCAUCUUCAAAUGAUGGAAGAUUUGACGAUGCUGAUACAGAUGAGGAAUACGAGCCUGAGUAUAGAAGUGAGCUGCAAACGCAGACUACAAGAUCUCACGAAAUGCAAUUCAAUGAAAAUGAGAUGGGCUCCUCACUAAAUGAGGCUCUCGAGUCAAGCCUCUCGAGUGAUCUCAUAGAGUCAACUUCUCAACUUCCUAGACUCACGAUCAACAUGACAGACUCUAUAGCUGAACUUUCUGAACCCCAAAUCAUACCCGACAUUGGAACAUACGAUGAACACUACCAUGUGUCUGGUCGUAACUCUCCUGCCCUGUCUCUGUCAGUAUCAACGCAAUCAUUCCACUCAUUUCAGGAUGAUGAAGAGGAAGAGGAAGAACCCUCAACUCCGAUUGCCUCUGGAAACCCCAGUCUUCUGACCGAGCCUAACCUGGAGGAUAAUCACCUACAGAAAGAGUCGAGUCCAACUUCCUCGGCUCACCAUUCCCCAGCAUCUAGCGUCGUUCUCUCAGAAUCAUCGCACCCCGAUGAACUCUCAGAGUCUAAGAUAUUUUCACCUGAGGAGGCUCGCAGCAUGUACCUGAGUUCUACGAGCGACGGUGUAGACUCUAGGUUGAUGGGUAACAUGCCAGGAGCCUGGAGUGAUCACGGCUCCGAAAGCGUCAUCGAGGAAACGAAGGCUAAUGUUACAAUAAAUGUAACAGAAAGUUAUCGUGAACAUGCUUCGCAGGAUAGCGAGGACCAGUCUGGUAUUACGCCCACCGGAAGCACUAUCCUUGGAUCUGCCGCUGUCAGGGAUGCUGGGAGAAAUGAAGACACCGAUAAAUCCUACGAUGAACGAGCUCGGCCCCUCUUAAUUGAUCCGACGUGCGACGUUGUCAAAAAUAUACUCGAAAUUGAUAUGAUCAUGGUCUGGUUACCACCUUUGGGCAAGGAUUCAUCAGAGGAGUUAUCACCCGAGGCGCGAAUUGAUCCUAUUCAACGUAUGAAGGAAUCAACCUUAGCUUCAGGCCAGUCUUCAGUAGGUGCGAAUUCUCCAAGGAUACGUUUUGCGGACAGAACUCUCCGAGACUCUGUUUCCUCUACUUCAACUGCAUCUGGCCAUCAUUCUAGCAAUGUUAAUAUUGAAGAUGACGAUGACACCUUGAAGAACAUGAAAAAAGAAUGUGCUGUCGAGAUCAAUGUAUCUUCCAUCCAAGUUAAUUUUGACCUUGCAUGUGGUUGGCUCUUAGUAAAGCUUGGCCAGAAUAUUGCGCAGUCCUUUGGUUCUAAUUUUACGGCUGAGGAAGAUCUAAAACCCAGCAUUGAUGAAGGCCAACAAGUGCCAGUCAUCGUCGAUGUCUCUAGUUGCUCUUUGAAAUUGCUAGAGCACCUCCCGGGCUGUUCCUAUUUGCCUUGGAUGGUAACUUCGACAUCCGAGCCUUUAGCCGGUUCUGAAGACGCUUUGCUACAUAUGGCUAUCACUGAUAUUUCUUUCCAGUUACUAACCGUAGAGCGGACAACGAAAACGCGCAUUACUGUUGGUAAAUUCAAGGUCAGCCACUUAUCCGAAGAACUUCUAUCCUUUGACGAGGGACUGAAGAUGAGAGAAUCGACGAGGGAUAUUCGGUCAAGCUCAAAUGAUAUAUCAAUCAGUGCCGUUAAAAAUUCCCAAGCUCCGCGACUCACUAUCAAUACUCUUCCUGUCCACUUGGCGCUCAACCUCCAGCGGCUGGAUGAGACACUUACUUGGCUCGGUGGGCUAAGUACCAUUAUUGAACUUGGCAGUUCCAUUGCCUCUGGCACAACAGUUAGAGAUGACUUGCAAGACCCCAGCCGCAAACCUCGGGCGGUCCAUUUUGUACAAACCCCUAAUACCCCUAAAGACUCAUCGCCAAACGCGGAUCCAACUGCCUGGAAGGUGGAUUCACGGCUCGGAGGGGUCGUCAUUCAAGUACUUGGAGAACAGUGCAGCGCGAGACUAGAAACGUCUGCAGUAAAAUUAGUUAAGAGAUCGGAAGGCAUUGCAGUUCAAGUUGACAAGGCUAGGGCAACAGGGCCUCACCUUUACUUCCAUAACCCUGAAAUUCGAACAAGUCCACCCGCUCUUGUUGCUCUUGAUAACGUCCGCUUCGAGUUUCUGUUUACUCCCAAGGAAACUGACCUGGAUCGUCUAUUGACUCUUCUAACCCCUUCAAGGAAUAAAUAUGAUGAAGAAGACGACAUCAUGAUUGACACGCUGCUCCGGCAGAGACGUCAAGGUUCUGUUCUUCGAUUCACAGUUGGGGGUUUGACUGGAAAUGUUUAUUCUCUUUCAGCCUUACAGCCAUUAUCCAACCUUGCCGAGGAGGCAUCAAAGCUUGCGAAAGUUGCUAAAUACCUCCCUGAGGAUGACAGGCCUGGGAUGCUUGCCUUAGCCUUGGUUAGAGAAUUUGAAGUCAAUGUUGAUGUUGGUAGGAAAGUUGGGAAACUUCGGCUUCAGUCCAGUAAUACUGAAGUUGGAUAUGUUAGCUUCCCAUCACUGGUCGCUUCCCGGGUUUCAACUAUUUCGAUAUCCCGGAAUGAAACAGAAGAGCUUCUUGGCCCAGCGGUUCUUCGUAAACCGGGUGAGAAGGAAUCCAAGAGUGAAUUGCCUAUGAUUAUGGUAAGGUAUAUAGCAGAGGAGUUGGAGCCUACUAUCAAACUGAAGCUUUUCAACACUCGUGUUGAAUAUACGGUUGAAUCUAUUGUUGCAUUCAUGGACCUCCAAGAGGGACAGGUGUCCACUGAGGGCAUGGCGGCAAAUAUGGCACAGUCAGUCCUCAAUUUUGCCGAGAUGUCUGCACACCCUGUAGCAGAACUUGAUUCCUCAACGCAGGGUCUGGUUACUGCAGAACCUUCUUGCGGAAUCGCUUCUCCACUACGACUGUCCGCUACUCUGAAGGACUGCCUAAUAGGCUUAACUCCUCGCAACUCUCCUGCCAAAGGCUACUUAGUAUUGACAAACGUUGAGUUCUCCGGAACCAUGCAAUAUGAACUUCGUUCUGAAGCCAAUUUGAAGGUAGCCAAGGCAUCAAUGAUGGUCGUGGAUAAAGCGAAUAUAGAGGAGCCACUGAGAACAACUAGCCGACGUAAACGCUCUGCCAGCUCAAGCCCUCAAGUCCAACGACUUGAAGAAUUAGGCUAUGUUUCCGUUUGUGAAACAUCAUCCGCCCAAGUUUCCGUUAAAAUAAUGCAACUGAAGAUUGACGGCCAAAAAUCCCUUGAUGUGGAGCUGAGAGAUGACUUGUUGAUCCUUGAGACAUGCGCAGACUCCACGCAGACCCUGAUUGCAAUCCUCAGCGGGCUAUCUCCACCUACACCUCCCAGCGAGGCUGUAAAAUAUCGCACUGAAGUCAUGCCAAUUCAGGAUAUGCUUCAAUCCUUUGCUGGAGAUACAUUUGACCCCGGUAAGAAUAAAGCUGGUGAUAUUGACAGCCUAGAGGAUUAUAAUGAACUCUCAGCGGCUGAACUUGGGUAUAUUAGCGAUUUUUUCCCCUUCCACGCCAGCGUCAAAGCAGGUGGAUCGGGUGAGGAUGCUGUCGGUGGCGAAUACGAGCUACUGGCAAAUAGUACUCACUCAGAGGCACAUGUUUCUCCAGGUCAUUCCGCUCUCAACUUUGAUGAGGACCAUUUCUCAAAGAAAUCUGCCGUUGGGGGUACAGCUCAUAGGUGGGAUGCGUCACGGAACACAUAUAAUCUCACAAACGAAAUCCAUUUGCAAAACAGCCCUUUGAGAGUAAGAAUCCGAGAUGUCCAUGUCAUAUGGAACUUAUAUGAUGGAUACGAUUGGUGGAGAACUAGAGACACAAUAUCCAAAUCAGUCAAGAAUUUGCAAUCUCGAGCUGCGGAGAGAAAGGUUAAAGCCGCAAAUAGACGAUUAUCGCGAGAGAUUGAGGAAGAAAUGGAGCCUACCAUCGACGACUUCUUGUUCAAUUCCGUAUACAUUGAGAUACCCUCCAAUAAGGAUCCUCGUGAGCUUACUAGCGACAUCAAUCGGAAUAUUGAUGGGUUAAGUGAGACAGGAAGCUAUGCAACCACAUCAACAUUAACUGGGACAUCAACACAGGAUGGAUCCGGUAGGCGAGAGAGAUUACGUUUGGCUCGCAGCCAACACCAUAAAAUGACAAUCGAACUAAAGGGUGUUGCGGCGGACAUAGUUGUUUUCCCAGCUAAUUCCGGAGAGACCCAAAGCUCCAUAGAUGUUCGGAUCCAUGAUCUUGAAAUAUUCGACCAUAUGCCGACCUCUACGUGGAGAAAGUUUGCCACAUAUAUGUAUGAUAUGGGCGAGAGAGAAAUUGGUACAAGCAUGGUCCACGUUGAAAUGUUGAAUGUGAAGCCUGUGGCCGAUCUUGCUGCAUCUGAGAUCAUUUUAAAAGCCACCGUUCUACCCCUACGCCUUCACGUCGACCACGAUGCUCUCGACUUUAUGACCAGAUUUUUUGAGUUUAAGGAUGAAUCUGCCAGCAAUGUUGAACCAGCGCCGGGAGAUGUGCCAUUCCUACAACGAGUGGAAAUCAAUCCUAUACCAAUACGACUUGAUUUUAAACCUAAAAGACUUGACUAUGCUGCUCUUAGGUCUGGCAGAACCACUGAGUUGAUGAAUAUCUUUGUACUGGAUGAAGCGGACAUGGUCCUUCGCCAUGUCAUAAUAUACGGUGUUCCCGGGUUUGAAAGGCUAGGGAAAACGUUGAACAAUAUCUGGACACCUGACGUACGGGACAACCAACUUGGAGGUGUCCUCUCAGGGCUAGCACCCGUUAAGUCUCUGGUAACUCUUGGGAGUGGUGUCAGAGAUCUUGUUGUCAUUCCUAUACGAGAGUACAAGAAAGAUGGCCGGAUUGUCCGGGGCCUGCAAAAAGGUGCUGCAGCCUUCGCCAAAACCACCACAAGUGAGCUCAUAAAAAUUGGCGCCAAAUUAGCGAUUGGAACCCAGAAUGUGCUUCAAGGAGCAGAAGGCUAUCUCAAUGGCCCGCCAGCCAGGCCUGUGAAUCGAGCAGCCCAAUCGACCGCAGAGGGACCCGAUGACGACGAGCCGAUUGAUAUAGGAGCAAGGCAACAAAUUUCUCUUUAUGCUGAUCAACCUGUCGGCGUUGUUCAAGGAUUACGCGGAGCGUAUGCAGGGCUUGAGCGUGACCUCAGCGUUGCGCGAGAUGCAAUCAUAGCUGUCCCUGGAGAAAUCAUGGAGACUGAAAACAUGACUGAGGCAGCUAAGGCAGCACUAAGAAGCGCACCGACAAUUAUCCUCGGUCCUGCUAUCAGCGCUGCAGGCGCAGUUGGGAAGACCCUUUUAGGUGCCAGGAAUACAUUAGACCCUGAGAACAAGAGACGAGCAGAUGAGAAAUAUCGAUCUCUUUGA